CAUUUCUGCUGCUUUCAAUAUAUCUGCGACGCCUCAAUUAGGAAAGUCGUGCACGUGACAUUAAUAUCCCAUGACGCUCGCUCACGUAAAGAGCUGCAUAUGAUUGGUUGCUUGGCGCAUUUCGGAUAUUUCCACGACGCCUAGUCGCUGUUGAGGCUUUAUUCGGUUACGGCUGAACAGUAACUAGCCAAGGUCAAAUCCCAUCUCCGCAAGGAGAAGCUCCAGACUACACCAGUCUUCCAAAUUCAACCUUCCGCAAAAUUCGAGAGGGUCUCCCUUUUACUCUUGAUCAAUUGACUUGCAUGACACGAUAAAUUGCUCAUUCUGUUUUCCUUAGCUCACUGAGGGGAUUCAGAAUGCUUCGCAUGUCCAUGCAGAGGUCCAGCAGCCGCCUAAUUGGCGGCGGCUGCUGCACUCGCGCCUUGAGUUCGGUGCCAGGAUGCGCCACUCGAGGAUCUGGUGCUUCAUCGUUGCUCUCAAAACGCAGGGCUAUGGCCGUCGCGAACCGGUUCUCGCAGAAGCGGUACUAUGCAGCUCCCGCUGAGGAGACCACCAAGGGUGUUGAUCCUAAUGACUCCUUCCUCCAAGGAAACACCGCGAAUUACGUUGAUGAGAUGUAUAUGCAAUGGAAAAAGGAUCCUGCCAGCGUCCACGUUUCCUGGCAGGUCUACUUUAAGAACAUGGAGAAUGGCGAUAUGCCAAUGUCCCAGGCCUUCCAAGCCCCGCCAACCAUCGUCCCUCCUCCCGCAGGAGGUGUCCCUAGCUUCGUUCCGGGUAUGGCUGCCGGCCAGGGUUCAGACGUUACCAAUCACUUGAAGGUGCAACUGUUGGUCAGGGCAUACCAGGCCCGUGGACAUCACAAGGCCAAGAUCGACCCUCUUGGCAUCCGUGGUGAUGCAGAGGUCUUUGGUUACAGCAAGCCCAAGGAGCUCGAGCUCUCACACUACAACUUCACGGAGGCGGACCUGGAUACUGAGUACUCUCUUGGUCCUGGUAUUUUGCCUAGGUUCAAAUCUGAUACGAAAGAGAAGAUGACUCUUCGUGAGAUCGUCGCUACGUGUGAGAAGAUUUAUUGCGGCUCUUAUGGUAUUGAAUAUAUCCACAUUCCCGACCGUGAACAGUGCGACUGGAUUCGCAGCCGUAUUGAGAUCCCCCAGCCGUACAAAUACUCGGUCGACGAGCGUCGCAGAAUCUUGGACCGUUUGAUUUGGAGCUCUAGCUUUGAAACUUUCCUUGCCACGAAGUACCCUAACGACAAGCGUUUCGGUCUCGAGGGUGGUGAAAGCUUGGUUCCUGGCAUGAAAGCCUUGAUUGACCGCAGUGUCGACUAUGGUGUUAAGGAUAUCGUUAUUGGUAUGCCUCAUCGUGGACGUCUCAACGUUCUCAGCAACGUCGUCCGCAAGCCCAACGAGUCCAUUUUCAGCGAGUUCGCUGGUACUCAAGAGCCCAGUGAUGAAGGUUCUGGAGACGUCAAAUAUCACUUGGGUAUGAACUUUGAGCGUCCCACUCCUUCUGGCAAGCGCGUUCAGCUUUCGCUCGUCGCCAAUCCCUCUCACUUGGAGGCUGAGGACCCCGUUGUUCUCGGAAAGACCCGAGCCAUUCAGCACUACAACAAUGAUGAGAAGGACUUCAAGACCGCCAUGGGUAUCUUGCUCCACGGUGACGCUGCCUUUGCCGCUCAAGGUGUCGUGUACGAGACUUUGGGCUUCCACUCGCUUCCGGCCUAUUCGACUGGUGGAACCAUCCAUUUGAUCAUCAACAACCAGAUUGGAUUUACCACGGAUCCCCGUUUCGCUCGUUCGACCCCCUAUUGCUCGGACAUCGCCAAGGCCAUCGAGGCCCCCGUUUUCCACGUCAACGCCGAUGAUGUCGAGGCCUUGAACUUUGUCUGCCAGAUGGCUGCCGAUUGGAGAGCGGAGUUCAAGAAGGACGUUGUUAUCGAUAUUGUCUGCUACCGGAAGCAGGGCCACAACGAGACUGAUCAGCCUGCUUUCACUCAGCCUCUGAUGUACAAGCGCAUUAGCUCUCAAGUCUCUCAACUUCAGAGAUACGUCACGAAGCUUCUCGAUGAGGGAACCUUCACCAAGGAGGACAUCGAUGAACACAAAAAGUGGGUUUGGGGAAUGCUUGAAGACAGUUUCACUCGCAGCAAGGACUACCAACCGACUGCGCGCGAAUGGCUUACCUCUGCUUGGAACGGUUUCAAGUCUCCUAAGGAGCUUGCAACCGAAGUCUUGCCUCACCUUCCCACCGCUGUAUCUGAAGAGCUUAUCCAAAGCAUUGGUGACAAGAUCGCCGGUCCGCCUGAAGGUUUCACUGUUCACCGCAACCUCAAGCGUAUCCUCAACAACCGUAAGAAGAUGUGCGAUGAGGGCAAGGGCAUUGACAUGCCCACCGCUGAGGCUCUGGCAUUGGGCUCCCUCGUUGCCGAGGGUCACCACGUCCGUGUUUCUGGUCAAGAUGUUGAGCGUGGUACUUUCUCUCAACGUCACGCUGUUCUGGUUGAUCAGGAGAGCGAGAAGACUUACACCCCUCUUCAGCACAUCAAGCCUGAUCAGGGAAGCUUCGUCAUCUCCAACUCCUCGUUGAGCGAAUACGGCGCUCUCGGUUUCGAGUAUGGUUAUUCGCUUUCUUCUCCCGACGCGCUCGUUAUGUGGGAAGCCCAGUUUGGUGACUUUGCCAACAACGCUCAGUGUAUUAUUGAUCAGUUUAUCGCCUCUGGUGAGACUAAAUGGCUCCAGCGGUCGGGUCUCGUCAUGUCCCUUCCUCAUGGCUACGACGGCCAAGGUCCCGAGCACUCGUCUGGCAGAAUGGAGCGUUACUUGCAACUUUGCAAUGAAGACCCUCGCUUCUUCCCUUCCCCUGAAAAACUUCAGCGUCAACACCAGGACUGCAACAUGCAGAUUGUCUACAUGACUAGCCCCGCCAACUUGUUCCACUGCCUUCGCCGACAGAUGCACAGACAGUUCAGAAAACCUCUCAUCAUGUUCUUCAGCAAGUCUCUGCUCCGUCAUCCCAUUGCCCGCUCGAACAUUGAUGAGUUCAUUGGCGACACUCACUUCAGGUGGAUCAUCCCCGAUGCCGAGCAUGGCAAGGCCAUUGAGGAGCCUGAGAAUAUCGAGCGUGUCAUUCUCUGCACUGGUCAGGUCUUCGCUGCGCUCAGCAAGCACCGAGAGGCCAAUGAAAUCAAGAACACCGCCAUUACUCGUAUUGAACAGCUCCACCCGUUCCCGUGGAAGUUGCUCCAGGAAAACCUCGACAAGUAUCCCAACGCUAAGAACAUUGUCUGGUGCCAGGAGGAACCCUUGAACGCUGGUGCUUGGAGUUUCGUGCAGCCUCGUAUUGAGACCCUGCUCAACGCCACUGAGCACCACACUCGCAAGCACGUCCUUUAUGCCGGUCGUGCCCCCAGUGCUUCAGUUGCUACUGGCUUGAAGCCAGUGCACCUUAAGGAGGAGGCUGAUCUUCUGAACGACGCUUUCUCUGUCUUCCAGGAGAAAUACCAGGGAGAGUAAAUAAGUCUUUAAAUCCUUUCUGCAUGCAUGGUUAUGAUGCGCGCAAGGGCUUUGGGUGUAUCUGAUGGUUCCCUUUCUUUUUUUUCUUUUCCAUAAAGUACGCCUGUAAUUUACGUGUUUAUUCUGCCUAGCACUGUGUAUUCUUUUCAAUCGUGGAUAUUAGGUAUCACUAUUAGAAGUUGACUUUGAUGGAAGACUGGAUGUCCUGAGGGGAGGAGCUAUUGAAGCAACACCAUGAAAAUGGCGCCGGCGAGGCAAUAGUUGUAGUAAUCUUGAUAUCAUUAUAUCCAGAUAAUUAUACAUACUUGACUUUACGGUUUC